AUGAAUUCUAAACUUAAAGUCAGAAAUUCAAUACUAAAGUGGAAAUAUGAACUAGAGUAUGAAAUACAGAAGCCUAUUACCAACCUUAAUGAAAAUAAAUUAAAUGUUUAAUAAUUAGAAAAUCAUCAUGAUAAGUAUGAAAUAUUUGAUUUUGGAUUAUCCCAUGACUCCAUACAUUUGGCUAUUUUUGAAGAAAAAAUUCGAAAAAUUAAUCAGACCUCAAGAAGAACAUAAGGAAGGUAUAAAAGCCAUUUUAGAGUAAAAUUAAUUGAGUUGAAUUCAGGCGUAGUUGUAUUUACAAGUAGUUAAUUGGUCAGAAGAUUUUAUUACGUGAAUUUUUAGUUUUCUAAAAAAUCGAAUUAUUUUAUGUUUCAAGGAGAUUUACAUGGUUAUAUAUUGAUUGAUAUUUAAUAAAAGAAAGAAUUUGUUUUUAGUAAUUUAGAAGAUUCCUAUUAUAUAUUGUAAUUUGAAAGCAUUAAAAAUUUUUACUUACUAAAAAACAAUAUUAUUUUCCAUAUAAAUGUAGAGUAGAUUAAUUUGUAAAUUGAGAAAGAAAUCUGCAUCAAAUUUCGUUUUAAUGUUAUUUUUUAUUUCCAAUCUAUUUUACAGAAAUUUGUUUUAGUUAGCACAGAGCUAUUUCACUAUAUAAUUUACAUUUAAAAUUUAAGAGUAAUAAAAUAAAGAAAAAAAAUAACAGAUGUUAGAACAUAAAUUAUAAUUUUCAAAAACUAUCUUAUGGUAGAAUAAGAAAAUAUCCAUGAAACAGAUUAUUCAGUAAGUUUAUUAAAUAGUGGAAAAUUGCUAAGAAGAGUAAAGACACAUUUUGGGUAUUCAGGUAACAUAUAUUAAGAUGAGAACGGAGUUGAAAAAUUUAAUUUUACAAAUAUUGUCUAUGAUAACGAUAUUUGUUAUUAUUUAGUCUACAAAUUUGAUUUUUUUAGAGGAACUUAUUAAGAAAUACCUUUUAAGUUUAAUUAAUAAGAUUAAGAGGAUAUUUUGAAACUUAAAUUCGGAAAAUAAUUUAUUUUAAUAUAGAGCAAAUUGAAAAAAAAUUAUAUCAAAUGUUAUCUUUUAAAUUGA